UUGAAAUAUAAAAUGAGUGAGAAGCUAACCAUUAAGAAUGUGAGGGCACGAAGAAAUGCUUUUGUUGGAAUGGGGUCGUCUCCAAGGGUAAAUGAGGAGGAAAACAAGAAUUCAUCAAACAAUCACUUCAUCGCCACCCUCAUCAUGAACUCUAACAAGAGUUUUAAAGGAGAUACUCAUAAAAAAGACGAUGCAAUUGACUCACUUGGAGACUUAAUCUUACAGAAGAACAAGGAAAGAGAUGAUUCGUUGGUGUCAAGACAACCUCCCGUGACGGGCAUGUUCUCACAGCCUGGGAGUCCGGUUCAUAAGAUGGAUAUACCGAAGACGCCGAUCAAAAUUCAGAACACAAUUAAUCUGUUUAGUCCUAAAAAUAGGCAGAAUACCGGCAUGCGUGAGAAUAAAUUAAAUUCUUUUGUUUCAAAUGCUCCACCUAGUAGAAGGAUCCGUAAUUUUGAAAAUUCAAACCAAACCACGAUGAUGAGUAGUAUUCGGGACAAUGGAAAUAUGACUAAUGAGAGAAUUUUGUCCCCAACCAACAGGUCAAAGCUGACGAACGCUACCCUCAACUCACAUUCUAUGAAUAGAAGCGGAGAUGCUCCAUCUGGAAGGAAGUAUGUUGCAAAUGUAAUUGAGAGAGAACUGUUCAGAAAUACUUUUAUGAACCUCAGGGAGAAAUCUGACACUGAUAAACAAGCUAAUCAAGCACCUAGAUACGACAAUACUGCUUCAAGGAGGUACCAGCUAUAG